CUAAACGACCUAAAAGGACGACAGAUCAAAAUAUAAUCAUGGCCAAGAUAUCGCCCAUGUUGUCUGCCCUCUCUUUUCUCCUUAUUCUCUUGGCCGCUGUUGCAGUGGGGAAAGCUGAUGCAAAAGCAGAAUGCAAUCAGGUAUAUGGACAAGAGUUUGGAGACACGUGCACUAGCAUUGCAGACAAGUUUCAUCUCUCACUCGAUUCCUUUCUUGCUCUCAAUCCAAACAUCAACUGCAACUCCAUUUUUGUCGGGGAAUGGCUUUGCAUUGGUUAAUCUGGAGAAGUGAAUCCCAAAACUAGAAGAAAUAAAAAUUGUACUGUUUAAUUUAAGAAUGAUCUGAGAGUGUGUGUUAGUUUUCAAUGCUUCCUUUAAGUUUGUUGUUGCAGGGAGAGUAAUAAGUAAUAACGUUGCUGCUGUUUCAUUAAAAACAUGCAUGCAUGCUGCUUCAAUUCUC